AUGCCCCCAUCAGGCACCUCAUUCACGGCCCUUAACCUACCACCAACCUUCGAACUCCCCCAAUGCAUGGAAUACUUCACACUUCCGGCAGGCCCAAACACAGACCUAUGGCGCAAACCACCAAACGGCGACACAUCCACCGCCCCAAUCGUCUUCACAUCCCUCCGCCACCCCUUCGUCGUAGCCGAAGUAACGGUGAGCGCAGAUUGGGAGCUUGAAUGCGACCAAGGCGGGCUGGUCAUCUUCGCCGGCGCCGCACCACAAGCGCAAUCCGCCCUCUUCUCCGAAGUAGACACGACGCACGCACCAGCUUCGGUAUCGGCGGGUUCUGGCCCGCGCUUCCCGUGCAAAUGGGUCAAGGCUGGCAUGGAGUUUUCGUCCGGCUGUGUGAAUGCUUCGUCUGUUAGUGCGACUGCUGAUGGGGCGGAUUGGUGUCUUUCGCCGCUGGCAUCGGCGGGGCCGGGCAUGGGUGUUUCGACGGGCGUUCAGUCAUUGCGCAUCAAGCUUGAGCGGGUGGGAUUUGAAUUGUGGAUUUGGUAUCAGGUUCCGUCGGUUUUGCCGUAUGCUGUGUCGCCUGGGGCGGUGGGGAGUACGUGGAAGAAGCUGCGCGAGGUGACGUGGUUCUUUUAUGGGGUGGAGGAUAAGUUUGUGCAUGUUGGUGUUUAUGCCAGUCGGCCGACGGGGUUGUCGCGUGGUGAGACUAUGUGGGAUGCUAUGCAUGGCAUGGCUCUUGAUAAUUCGUUGGCGGCUGGUUCGAGGGAUGGAUUGGUUGUUGAGUUUGAGGAUCUGGAAAUCUUCUAG